CAAAGAAUCACUUUGCACUUUCAUGCCGUUUUAUUGCUGUCAGAGCUUGCUUGUGGCGGAUCGGGAGGCCGAAGAUAUGAACUACUAUCGAAAUGCUAACAAAGAUGUAGCCCCAAGGAACAGCUUUAGACACCGUAUAGUUACUAAAGAAAUGGCUUUCUACUGCUUUGAUAUCUUAGCCAUGCAUCUAGGCUUAUAUCAUCAUCAAGAAGCGCCGUGGCCAAACUUCCCAAACGAUGAGUUUCCCCUAUUUGUCACUUGGAAGAUUGGCCAAGAUCACCGACUACGGGGUUGUAUAGGAACAUUUACCGCAAUGCGACUUCACAAAGGUCUUAGAGAAUACACCCUUUCCAGUGCUUUAAGAGAUAGCCGAUUUUCCCCAGUCACCAAAGAUGAACUAGCAUACCUCUUCUGUUCUGUGUCUGUGUUGACUAAUUUUGAAGAAAAUGUCAAUUGUUUAGACUGGGAGAUUGGUGUUCAUGGUAUACGGAUAGAAUUUUAUAAUGACAAAGGUCACAAAAGAACUGCUACUUACCUUCCAGAGGUUGCUAAAGAACAAGGUUGGAAUCAAAUCGAGACCAUUGAUUCUCUCCUGAGGAAAGGUGGCUUCAAAGGAACCAUCACCCAAGAUGUUCGCAACUCAAUCAAAGUGACUCGUUAUCAGAGUGAAAAAGUCACUGUAGAUUAUAAGGAAUAUCUUGCCUCCAAACAAUGUACAUGACAACUGUUUAGUCUAGGUCUAACAAAUGUAGGCAACUAGAUCUGUGAAUACCAUUUUCAAAGAUGUUAAUAAUUAUAAUUAUUAAUUAACUCCUUGUUAUAUUAUAUGUAUAUUUAUUGACACGGCCAGCGUCAUGGGAAGCAGUGCAGCUCUCUUUUUGUUGUUUUCAAGUCUCAGAGUCAAUGGAUGUUUUGAAAAUGGUAAUCAGAGAGCUGCAUGGCUUGCAAAGCUUGUUUUGUGUGGGAAUCACAUUGCAAUUCAAUCUAUUACACUUCAAAACCUUUUCACUAGUCUUAUAACAAAGGUAGAACUGCAAGGGUGGAGAGAUAACCAAAAUCUUUUAUCAAAUGUUUAUGGUUUCAACAAAACUCCUCAGAAAGACCUGAGUUGAUUUUUUUGUUUGUUAAAUUUAAUUAUAUUUAGUAAUGAUUAUGAAUUUUAAAUUAGUUUUAGCAUCUUCUCUCUUACAAUUUUUGCUCCUUCAAAUAUGACUUAUCUGCAUAAAACCAUUUUGGUGAAACAUGUUCAUAAGUUAACGAGCAAAUAGAAAUGUUUUUCAAUUACUCCAAUCACUCAGAAGCACACCUUUGUUCUAAUACAACAGAAAGGUUUGAUGACUUUUUUCAACUGUUUAAGUUACAGGAUGACUUAAUAUUUUUUUUUACUUGGCAGUGUCAAGUACCUCCACUACAGAUAUAGUUCUCGUCAAUACAGUCAACUCUCACGUAAUGAACACUCUCGUAAGUGGACAGUUUUACUCACUGACACAUUUUCAAUUCCCAUUUUUGUCUCUCAGUCAAACUCUGUAUUUGCACAUUCCCAUAGACAGACACUAACUCAUAAGCGGACUCAGACCAGUGUUCUCCCUUAUUUUACGCAUGACAGGUAAAAUAAAUUUUCAAACCAGUAAAGCAAUCCUUUUACCUGUUGAAUUUUAAAGAAUUCCAAGCAGUUUAAAACGGUAAUAAGAGGUACUAAAGGUGGUAAAUGUUACCAGUUACCACCUGAAAAGGAGAACACUGUCAGACACUAUUUAAGCGAAAAUUUGUUUUUUCUUUUGUUUACACUCUCAUGAGCAGACACCCCAUGCAUAAUAAUUGAUUCUUGGCGAUAAAAUUUGUCUUUAGCUUGCACUUCAACAAAAAUAUGACCUUGAGAUUCGUUUGUCAAAUCUCCAUUUGUCUGCAGAAAAGCAAGCUGUUGAUUUGUUUGUCAUUAACUUGAGAGUCCACCAUAAAACUCCCUCCUGAGAGGAAAUCCACCCUAUAUUUCUGAUGUUUGCUUAUGAGAAUAAUUCCUGUAGGCAAACAGUUCUAAUAACUGACACUUUUUUCCAAUUUCUGAGGGUGUUCACUUACAAGGGAGUUGACUGUGGUUCUUCUGAGAUUUGUUAGCAUUUUGAUUGAGGGAGUCACAUUUUUUUGUGCGAGCAUGCAAUUUGGUAUUUAGGGGUCAACUAUAGCAUGCUUGUUCUCAUCUCUUGGACAGGUGUAUUUACCACCAAAUAUAAGUUAGUUUUGACAACUUUCUGUUUUUCAGAAAUUUUUUUUUGCAAUUUAUAUUUUACUGCUCUCUUAAACAUCUCAGAAUUUAUCUUUUGGUAUGUACCAAGACUACUAUGUAGCUAGGAUAACAUCUGUAUUUCAUAGUUAGUGCUACAAAUUGAAAAUUGCAUUUCAUUGAGUUGCAUUACCACAGUGUGGUACUUAAUAUCAAUAGUUAAUGUUUGCAUGAAAAAUUUUGUAUUAUUAAUUAAUAUUUUUUUCAAAUUCUACAACCAGCUGUCAUUAAUAGCAUCUUAUGCAGA